AUGAACAACAACCCACGAUCCGUUGGCGACAUUCCAGGUCAAUUGGCUCCUCCAUCACGAACGCCACCACCCUUCAAGAAACAACAAGUGCUAGGCAAGCGCCCAUUGCGAACGGGACAAGGUCAACCUUCAGGUCCACGCGAUCCAUUUGGUCCACCUCCACCAUUGAGUGCCACUUUGGAGACCUUGGGGCCACAAGAAGAGUUGCUACGCAAACAAACCGAAGAGUACAAUAUUCGACAAUCCAUGAAGGCAACCAUGGCACAAGCAAAGGCGACAUCGAGUGGCUUCUUUGUGUCAAAACCAUCUCGACAUGAAAACUUUCUUAUCCCAGCCAUACCAAGAUCGCCAUCCAACUCCUAG